ACCAGUGACAUCACAGACCUCCUUCUAACAACUCCACUCUAGCAUGUCAGAAGCUGGGAGUCCAUCGGCCGUUUCCAUGCGGGAUGUACAACAGCUUAUAGCCAGGAAGGAAGAGAUCGAGGCGCAGAUAAAGGCUUACUAUGAAGUCCUGGAGGAUCAAAAGAAUAUUGGAAUGGAAGGACCCCUGGUUGACAUGGAGGGAUACCCAAGAGCAGACAUUGAUAUUUACCAAGUGCGGACUGUGCGGCAUAACAUCAUCUGUUUGCAGAAUGAUCAUAAAUCCAUCAUGAAAGAAAUUGAAGAGGCCUUGCACAACCUACAUGCUCGGGACAAAGAAAAGAGACAGAAAGAUGAGGCCGAGGCCAAUGCUGAAGCACUACAAGACCAGCAGUCUUUACCUGAUGCAUUUGCCAGAGUUGACGCAGUUACUCCAGGAUCUCCAGCUAGUAUGUGUGGGUUGCAGGUUGGAGAUGAAAUAAUUGCAUUGGGUUCAGUAAAUACCAACAACUUUCAGACAUUACAGAAUAUUGCCAGUGUGGUACAGCACAGCGAGGGGAGACCAUUAAGUGUGACUGUGGUUCGAGAUGGAAAGUCUGUUCAUUUGGGGCUCACACCUCAACGAUGGAAUGGCAAAGGGCUUUUAGGGUGUAACAUCAUUCCAAUAAAAAGAUGAAGCUCUCAAAUGUCUAAGGCUGAAGUUGUGUUGCCUGCGGGUAAAGUUUUGGAACGUGGACUGAUCUUUAGAAGAACCUGCAUUGCUUUAAGAAUUGGACUUCUCUUUCUUAGCCUUCUUUUGAAGCUCUGAGUAAAACCGUGUAUGAUUUAUAUAGUUUGCAUCGUGGAAGCCAUGUUGUGGGAUUGAGAAAUGCUAGUAAAAUAUCUGAGACUUGCACUGGCCUAAUAUUCCCUUCUCCAGUGCACAUUAUGUGGCGACAUGAGGGUAAGAGGUAGCUGGUAGUGUCCCCCCAAAAUAUAUUCUUCCAGUAUUUCCGUAGGGGUUUUUUCACACUUGUGUUGUUAAGUACGGUAUUGAGAUCCGGCAGAGGAUCUCAAUAUG